AUGUUCGAAAAUGACAACACAAUAGUUGGUGCUAUUAUGAUCCUCACAUCCUUCAAUAUGUGGCAAAAUCCUUCCUCCUUGAAGUCAUUUUAUGAUUUCUGUCUCUCCUCAUCCUCCGAGGAAUCCAAGGAAGAAGAACAUAAUGAAGACAACAAGUACUCCUCUCCCAAAGCUUUCGUGGAAAUUGAUCAAGGUAAUGAGGCUCAAUCCAAUAUGAUUAAUUACUCAACACCCUCCGAACCACAUGGUGAUAUGAUGAUGACGAUGAUAAAAAGUCUGAGAGCUCUACCUCAUACAAAGAAUAUUUAG